ACAAAUUCCCUAAAGAAUCUCUGAUUGCGGCCCCCUGUCCUUUAGUUGUCGCCCAGAACUCGGAACAAUCGGUGUCACAAAGUGUUCAUUAGUGCCCUAGUACGCGUGAGAAUAUUUCAAAAAUAAAACUAAAUAAUAUUUACAUAAGUCCACGAUUAUUGGCGAUGUCACAUUGGUCUAUAAAUGUGACAUGUGUUCUUUUAGUCACGGCUGUUGUGCUUGGAGAAAUUGUUGACAACAGUCUGAAUCCCGCGGAGCAUGAUGAAGCCAACUCUAAAUUGCCCAGUGAGGUUCAAAGGGCUGUGUGCACUGUAAACGCCGGCGAGGUCAAAGCAUCCGCGGAAGCAGUGACCACAAAAACUCUAAAGGGCGUUUGUGGAUCCGAUGAAAUGAAUCUGGCCUUUCGGAAUCUAGAGGAGAAAAUGUACAGUGAGCUGCGUGAAAUCAAAGAUUUGCUUAUGAAGUUGCAAGCAGCGCCAAGUAGUAACUCUAUAAACAACGCGCAGCUAGAGAAAUUUACAACAAAUAAGCCUUUAGCUAAUAAAGUGCUGAAACUUGAGCAGAUAGCUUUAAAACCCAUCCAGGAGGCUACUACCAAGCGUCCAGCAAUGUUGAAGAGUAUCGAGGAGGAUACCACCAAGCGAGCACCACAGUUAAAGAGCAUGGAGUCUGCCUUGGAGAGAGAGCAAGAGAUAUUUAGGUUCAACAAUACCAUGCUGGCAGAUCAGGACUUUCAGUUAUUUACUUAUUAUUGGAAGCUAGAAAAUGUCACUGAACAUAUCGACGAUGUUGAGACGAAAACCCUCAAGAGUCCUGUAUUCAGCAUAAGAGGCAGAAAUCUCCAACUCAAGUGCACUUUUGGGCAUUUACAACGCGAGCUCAUAAUGCUGCAGCUCGCAUUGGCGCAACCAGCUCAUGGACAUGGUAAGGAGAACAACAUUAUACUGGACAUGGGCGGGCAGUAUAAGCAACUGAAAUGGGCAGAGCAUUUGCCAUUGAAGCACAAGAUAUCGCUGCUUGAUCAGCAUGCAGGUCAUCGACACACAGAUCUAAGCUCGCAGGAACUGAACAAAUUGGAUAUGGGAUUCUCUAUACCAAACAGCGCAGUGCUGGGCAGUAACUAUGUGAGGCACAACUCGCUGUUGAUACAAAUUAUUUUAUAUUUGUGAAAAUUUAUACAA